CAUUACCACCAAAACAUAAAAAACAUCUUCAAUUCAUUUCUAAAAAAUCCAAUUCUUCUGAUCAUUUUCGUGUUCUUAGAUCAAUAAUUUUUUGAAAAAAGCUUCUCUUAAGCUGUGUAGUUUGAUAUAUUAUUCAUUUAGAUUAUUGGAGAAAUGAUGAUGAACAACAGGAGCUGUAUCUGUGUCUCAGCGGUGAAACCCUGUUGUAGAUUUCUCAUUAGUUUCAAAAGAUCGUCCCUUUUCGGGUUAUCUCCCCUGAUCAAUUCGUCGAAACUACGGAGUAGGAAGAUUGAUGCCAGAAGUAUUAGAUCUGGUGUUAAUUGCCGUCGGAUAGCAUUGGAUCGGAAUGCUUUUUGUGAUUCUGAGUCCACUAGCUGGGGAGGAGCAGGGUCUAGAGUUAUAAUAGGUAGAGCUAGUAUAGGACGAGGACGAGGAAGAGGGAGGGGUGUUUUAGUAAUUCCCCGUGUAGCUUCCGACUUUAGGAACCAGUCGACGUCUUCCUUAGGCUCUCAUGUAAAUAAAGAUAAGAGCUUUGAGGGUAUCUUCGUGAAGCCGCUGGUUUUCAAGGAGCUUGAACAAACCGAAGAGAUACCCAAAAAGGAAAGUGGUGGUGAUGAAGAUGCUAAAUUUGGAAAUGUGGGUGUGAAAGGAGAAACGGAGCGGGUUGUGAGCCAGAGCGAGGCUGAGAGAGAGGCGUGGAAGCUGCUUCGCGGCGCGGUGGUGAAUUACUGCGGGUUCCCUGUGGGGACUGUGGCGGCUAAUGAUCCAGGGGAUAAGCAGAAGACGUUGAACUAUGAUCAGGUGUUUAUUCGUGACUUUGUUCCUUCGGCUUAUGCGUUCUUGCUUGAUGGGGAUGGGGAGAUUGUAAGGAACUUUCUACUUCAGACGUUGCAGUUGCAGAGCUGGGAGAAAACAGUGGACUGUCACAGCCCUGGCCCAGGGCUAAUGCCAGCGAGUUUUAAAGUUAAAUCUGUGCCACUUGAAGGCAACGAUGGCUCCUUUGAGGAAUGUUUAGAUGCAGACUUUGGUGAAUCAGCCAUUGGACGUGUUAGCCCUGUCGACUCUGGCUUGUGGUGGAUCAUAUUGCUGAGAGCUUAUGGAAAGCUCACUGGCGACUACACCUUGCAAGAGAGAAUCGAUGUUCAAACAGGGAUCAAGCUGAUCCUCAAGCUAUGCCUAGCUGACGGCUUUGACAUGUUCCCAACUCUUCUCGUAACCGAUGGAUCAUGCAUGAUCGAUAGAAGAAUGGGCAUUCAUGGUCACCCACUCGAAAUCCAAGCAUUAUUCUACUCAUCCCUCCGCUGCGCUAGAGAGAUGCUCAACGUGAACGAUGAAACAAAAAACUUAGUAGCUGCCGUCAACAGUCGCCUAAGUGCCUUAUCAUUCCACAUCAGAGAGUACUACUGGGUCGACAUCAAGAAGAUAAACGAGAUUUAUCGUUACAACACCGAGGAGUAUUCAGCGGAGGCGACCAACAAGUUCAACAUCUAUCCAGAGCAGAUCCCUUCAUGGCUUGUGGACUGGAUCCCCAACAGAGGCGGUUACUUCAUAGGAAACCUCCAGCCUGCUCACAUGGAUUUCAGAUUCUUCACGCUUGGGAACCUCUGGGCUGUUGUUUCGUCUCUUGGAAGCCAAGAGCAGAACGAAGGAGUCAUGGCGUUGAUCGAAGAGAAAUGGGAUGAUCUUGUUGCUAACAUGCCUCUCAAGAUCUGUUUUCCUGCUCUAGAGCAGGAGGAGUGGAGAAUCAUCACUGGCUCUGAUCCAAAGAACACGCCUUGGUCAUAUCAUAAUGGUGGAUCCUGGCCAACUCUUCUCUGGCAGUUCACAUUGGCUUGUAUCAAGAUGGGGAAGCUAGACCUGGCGAAGAAAGCAGUUGCUGUAGCAGAGAAGAGGCUCAAGGAAGACCAGUGGCCUGAGUAUUACGACACGAGAAGCGGGAGAUUCGUGGGGAAGCAGUCAAGGCUUUACCAGACUUGGACUAUCGCAGGUUUCUUGGCUUCUAAGAAACUCAUAGAACAACCUGAGAAAGCCUCGCUCUUGUUUUGGGAAGAGGACUAUCAGCUGCUCGAGACUUGUGUCUGUGGUCUCAACAAAAGCAGCGGAAAGAAGAAGAACAAGUGUUCGCGUUUCACACCCCCGAGAUCUUAGUUCUCUGAAACAUAACUUUACUCUUUUGUCUUAAAAAAACUUCUAUUCAACAUGUGUGCUCAUGACUCAUUAACCAGUUUCUUUACCUAUGAUUCACAUUCAGAAGUUAGAUACGUGUACAUGCGCUUUCAUAAAUUUUAUGUAAAUUAUAAAUUACAUCUCGACUCUUUUGUCCUUUCAAA